AUGUGCCACGGACAUCCCCGCUACCACGAAUGUGCUCACACUUCGCUUGUCUGGUACUAUUGCCCCUCGGCAAAGAUUGAUCUGGAGACGGGCUACGAAACGCCUUGCCGAAACGCAACAUUUGCGCCAGCCCAGUCAAGCUCUCUGUCUUGCCCUCUCAAGAACUGCCAGUUUGCAUACAAGGGCGGAAGCUGGAUAUGCUGUAAAUGCAACCAGGGACCAAACACCCAGGGCUGGUGUUCCACUCCCUUGGCUGAUACACCAGAUGAUUUGGGCUCGCUGAGGAUAGGAAGUGACCAGCGGACGUGUGACCACGGAUGCUGUGACGAUUGCAGGAGAUUCGUCACGGAGAGUCGCAAGGGGAGAUCACGCAAGUACACGUAUGGAACAUCGUCCAGAAACCAUGGGUGCGAUACGCCGUAUGCUAUGAUGAAAGGGCUGUCACUCGACAAAACCUCAGAGUCUGGAAGCGCGGCGGUAUCUUCGUCGUCUUGCUCAUAUGACUAUCGAUCUAAGAAGUUGAAGUCAUCCAAGAAGAGCCACAAGUCAAAGUCUCGAAGCUGA